UCAGACAAUCAGACGGAAUUGCAGAUGGCCCAAAAAAGCUCGGGGAACACAAAGCAUGUGGUCAAUACUGGCUGGAGCAAUAUUUGGACCGAACUCCAGCAUCCUUCAAGCUCUCCCAUGAAAGACAAUCUGACCGCGGUCACGGACUAUUUCAUUAGCAUGGUUCGGAUCCGUGGGGAGGACGCCAAGAACCUCUCUGGUCACGGACUGACGGCCCUGGCGGAGGGUCUGAGCAUGAUCCUCCUCAACCCCGCCACCACCAGCCCCGACUCCCUGGAAUCAACCAUAGAGGUGAUAGAAAUGGCCACGGAAUCUUUGAGGACCAUGUAUACCACGAAACCUUAUCCAAUAUUCGAGAAUCUAAAGGAAUCUAUUUCCGCUAUGACGGCGCUACUGGAUCGCAUCAUUGCCGCCAGUGUUCCAUCAUAUCACAUAGCAGAUGGUCGUGGGAUCGUCUUCAACUCCUCCGACAUCAGCGAAGAUGACAAAAAUUUUAUCCAAGAAAGUUUGGGUAUUGUCUCAGCUAUAAAGGAUCAGGAGAAAAUAAAACUGAUCAAGAAAGUCCUGCCUAAGUUGGAGGAAACACUACACGCUAUGUACGACUCUCUUCUCGCCGGAAUGGUCGUCAGUCAAGUCCCAGAAACGGUCGAACGAGGCGGGAUAUCGUUAAUGGCCAGCAAGAUGACAGGAAACGACCUCAACAACAGCACCAUCGUCGCCGACCCCAAGACAGUUCUUCUGGAAAUAAAAAGCGACGGCGACAAAGCGAGCGACCCAAACUCGGAGGUAGUAGUCAAGGCCACGGUGUACACCCAGAACCCGUAUGCCUGGUCCAGCGAUUCCUCUUCCUACAACAUCACGUCGCCGGUCGUGCGGGUGGAUCUGCAAGACAACAACGGUACCCGAGUGCUGAGCACACUCAGCAUGACGAUCAAGAGAGGCGCCAAGGUCCCGCUACCUUCUCUCGGCUCCUUCCUCUCCAACGACACCCGCGGCGGUUUCGACAACUUGCUGUACCAUCGCCUGUCAGUGCCCUCCCUUUACUCCACCGUGGUGACGUACAUACAACUUCCGCUUGAGAUGGGGAACGUUGUAGCCUACUUCCGGUCUGGUAAAGCGCCCUCGCUGUACAGGCACGACUAUAAAACAGAAGGGGAACACCUUCAAUCUACCGAAAGUGAAUUGGAACUGUCCUCAGACGACAAUACGACAACGUUUAAAUUUCUUGUGCCCGCUGGUGUGCUGAAGGUUGGGGCAGGCAUGGUUGGUUUCUACGUAGCUGAAAGUAAUGAGACCUUUGCCUACAAAUACCUGUCGUUUACUGACAGCUGUCAUGUUUGGGACGAGAACAACCACAAGUGGGUUCCAGCCUGCAAGAUGUCCUCAGCUUCCACUGCUACCGAGACAGUGUGCACCUGUGAUAAUCCACCAGGCGUGGCCUUUGCCAGCGCCUUCAUGGUGCCGCCCAACACUAUCGACUUCAAGCUUGUUUUCUCCAAAGUUUGACCCCAACAACGCCUCGGUAUACGGCACACUGAUUGGUCUUCUGCUUGUC